AUGCCCAGAGGCCCCUGUGACAUGCCAGAGCCCUGCCCUGCCACAGGGGUACACAAGGAUUGCCCAGUCCCAGGAGAGCAGCUCUCUCAGGACAAAGCUGUUCCUGGGAUCCCUCUGCAACAGAGGGUGUGUGAGAUAGAGGAAGACAUGGCCAACCCCAUCUCCCAUCCACCCAGGCCCUUACCCUGCUGGCUGGAAGAGCAACAACUUUGUGACUGGGAAAAAUACAGCAAGGCAGACCUGUAUUCCCUCAGAGAAACUGAAGGCUACAAAGAACCAUCUGUCUGGGAAGAAUCCAUUGGCCAAGGGCUUUCUGAAGAGGAAAACUCUGUUGGCCAGGAGUUCUCCAAAGGGAAUGGUGACAGACUGUCUGUCCAGUCCAUCUGGGAAGACAAUAGUGACAAGGAGCUGGCUCAGGACAAUUGGAAAUGUGUGAGGGUCCAGAGCAUUGGGGUCAAGGCCCUGCUGUGGGAGGAGGAUGACUGGGACAAACUGAGUGUCCUUGAGCUGCCUGAACAAGAAGACAGGGAGCAAAGACUGGGAUGCUUUGCAGGGGAUGGGCUCCCAGUUCCUGUCCCUUGGGAAGCCUGGGUUGAGCACCAGGCAUUUGAGCCAUGCCCCCAAGUGCCAUUCUGUGCCUGGCCUCCCCAGAGCCCAGGCCCUGCCCUGCACAGCUGCUCCAGCCCCUCAGCUCCACAGCUGCCAGCCAAGGGUCCCUGCAAGAAGCGUCUGUCCCAUAUCAGGUGGGCACUGUGGGUGAUGUGCAGCCCUUUCUGCUGCCCUUGGCCUUACCUGGCACCACUGCCUGAGGAUUAGUGCAUGGAGCCUGCCUGGAGUCCUGAGGGAGUCACAGGUGCUGCUGUGCAUGCAGAGAAAAGAACAGCAAGAAGAAUAGGAGUAAGAAAGUAAGAAUAAGGAUAAGAAUAAGAAUAAUAGCCAAAGUAAUUAAAAGUAAUAGUAAGAAGAAAAAGAAUAAAAAUAAUAAGUUGGACUAAAAAAAGAAUAUGAAUAAGAAGAUAGAGAAUUAGAAGAAAUAGUAGUAGUAAAGAUGAAGAAGGU